AUGAGCCUGACUAUGCGUGCUGUCGUUAUUAAGGGUGGCAAGGGUCCUGCAACAGCUCUAUCCAUCGACGAUAAAGCUGAACAGCCCACUCCAGCCCUAGGCCAAGCACUAGUAAAGGUCAAGGCAUUCGGUUUGAACCGUAUGGACCUGUUACAACGGGAAGGACUGUACCCAGUGCCCCCACAGGCACCAGCGACACUCGGUGUUGAGUUUUCUGGCGUUGUGGAGAAACUUGGUGAGAAUGCAUCUGGUGAUUUUAAAAUCGGAGAUGAAGUGUUUGGACUUGCUUAUGGCGGUGCCUAUGCUGAGUACAUUGUCGUUUCAACCAAGAUGUUGAUUCACAAGCCGGCGGUGCUGUCAUGGGAAGAGGCUGCCGGUGUACCAGAGACCUGGAUCACGGCAUCGCAGGCUCUAUUCCUGAUCGGUGACUUUCAGGCUGGUCAGUCCGUGCUAUGGCACGCAGGAGCGUCGUCAGUCUCUAUUAGCGGCAUCCAGCUAGCCAAGAUAGCCGGAGCAAAGGCCAUCUAUGCGACCGCGGGAUCGCAAGAAAAGAUCGAUUUCCUAGAGAAGGAGCUCGGCGUGACUGCCGCAUUCAACUACAAGACCCAAGACUGGGCAGCCGAGAUCCAAAAGGUAACGGGCGGCGAAGGAGUAAACCUCACCGUCGACUUCGUCGGUGCGCCCUACUUCCAGGGCGACCUGAACGUAGCUGCUCGAGACGGGCGUGUCGUGCUCCUGGGUCUUAUGGGCGGUACCACUCUUCCCGACGGAGUCAACAUCGCCCCGCUACUCGCAAAGCGCAUCCGAUUUGAGGGUAGUACUCUACGCAGCCGAGACGAGGUGUACCAGGGUAAGCUGCGGGAUACACUUGUAUCGCAUGCGCUACCAAAGUUCAUCGACGGCACAUUCAAGGUGUUUGUGGAGAAAGUAUUUCCGUUCGAGGAUAUUGUCCAGGCGCAUCAGUUGAUGGAGACCAAUACUACCAAGGGAAAAAUCAUCUGUGUGAUUUGA